AUUAGCAUGAGAUGUUUGUAAACUUAAUGCAUCUGCCUUUACAUGAUAGAAAAUAUCUAAGAUAUUACAACAGCAGUUGGCCAUAAGGGCACCAAUUCCAACAGGCAUGGGGCAGUACUUGGAGAGGGUGGACGUAACGUUGCAAUGCCAACAUCACGACAUGACGGCAUUCUUCCGAGGCAUCAACUACGUCCCGCCGCCCUUUGACAGCACCAUUCUCGGCCAAAACUUUGAAGGCGAGGAUGAGGACGACGACUCCUAUGCUCCGUCCUCCUCCCCUGAUGAGGCCGACUUUGAGGAUGCGGUCGAUGGCGAUCCCAUGGACGUCGUGGACAACGAGGAUGACGACAACGAUGAGGACGCCGACUCCUAAACUCCUCCCUUCUUUUCUUUUAAUAUGAAUGUUUUUUUACUUCCAUUUUGUUGUAUUCCGCAUUUCCCUUUUAAUGAAUAAAAGUUUACUUUUAAAUUCUUUUUGUUAAUGUCAAAAGGGGGAAGAUAUCAAGGUUAUGCAUAAAUUGAGGGGGAAUUU